AAACACACUAAGUGAGACAUAAAGGGCAGCGGUGCGGAGAGACCGGCUGCCCCGCCUCUGUCUCUCAGUUCGCUGGUUAUUUUCUCGCCUCGCAGCAGAGACGUGGACCUCCACACACACUCACCACCAAAGAUCGUCUUUGCUCACCACCGCCCCAGCUCAGGUUGUGUCCACAUCAUGGCCAUGUCGGGGGAUAUUACGGAUCAGAUACAAAACGAUCUAUUAAACUGCAAGAUCUGCCUCAGUAGGUUCAUACAGCCCAAGAUGCUGCCUUGUGCCCACACCUACUGCCAGGGGUGCCUGGAGAAGAUGGUUAGGUCAGACCGGAAGGUGCAGUGCCCGGAGUGCAGGGAAGUAUUUGACGUGAGAGGUGGCGUCAGCAAACUCAAGACCAACUUUCACAUUAACAGUCUGAUGGAUAUCAUCAAGAGCAAGGAGAAUGAGAAGGUGGUCUGCAGUUGGUGCGCGACAGCUGGUCGCCGUGAGACUCCCGCCGUGGCUCGGUGUAAAACCUGCCUCAAGUGCCUCUGCCCGCCUUGCAAACUCACCCACGGGACUGCCAACCCACGCCACGUGCUGGAGGAUCUGCCCGGUCACAUCGCCGGCCCUUGCGAGGUAGAGACAAGGAUGCAGAAGAUGAUCUACUGCCAGAGCCACCCAGGAACCCUGGUGGACCAUCUCUGCAACACCUGCAAAAGCGUGAUCUGCAGCAGUUGUUCCUCGCACGCCCACGCCAAGCACUCGAAGGUGUCCCUGGCCAAGGCAGGGGCCACAGCUAGACCCACGGUGAUGAAUCUCAUGGAGAGACUGAAGACUGACACGCAGUCGCUGGUCCAACAGGAAGGCAACAUCAUCCAGGCAAUGGAGGGGAUGAAGGCGACGGAAAGAUCUCUGAUGUCUAUGAUAGAGUGCACCCUGGCCGAGGUCAUAAACAACUUGAUAAAACAGGGCGACACCAUCAAGGACACGCUCUCCAGUCACGUCAGGGAGCAGGAAGAAUUGUACAAGGUCGUGCGGGAUGACAUUCAGCUCAAAAUCAAGAAGGCGAAGGACACCAGGGAAUUUUCCCAGGGGGUCCUGGGUUCCGGUAAAAUGAGGCAAAUAGUCUGCCUGCGGUCCGUCUUGGAAGACCAGAUCGAUGGAUUCCAAGCGCCGAGGGUCCCAGACAACAAGAAGACCCGCCCCAGCCUGACCGUCAAUGAGUCGCUCAAGAGCAUGCUGUCUUACUCCAACCUUUUCAACCUCACCUUCGGCGAAGACUCGGCCACCAAGAUCCUGGCCGCUCCAGCAAAAAGCAAGCCGCGCAAGAGCCCGGAGAAAAGCCCACUAUCCUACACACCCCACCCCCAACCCAGGCAGAGAGCGUGGAAUCUACAUUGCUUCAACACGUUGUUGGGUGGUGACUUGUGUGUUCCGAACCUAACGGGCGUCAGCGUCUCCAGCGACGGCAUCAUCGUGGUGGCGGACCAAGCCAAUUCCCUUCUGAAAUGCUUCACCGACAACGGGCACAUCACCGCGACCAUCUCACUGCCGGACGAUGACGAACCAUGCAGUGUUGCCAUCUUUCAUGACACCAUCGCCUGCUCGUCUGGGAACCGGCUGUACAUGCUGGACAUGGACGGGACCAUGCAGAAGAAGCUCUUGCUCCGUGGCUCCGAGUCCAUCUACCACCUCGCUACCUACCGGGAUAAAUACGUGGCGGUGAACGAGGGCUCCAUGUGCUCCCUCUCCCUGUACGAAAUCAACGGGAAGAUGGUCAAAAGAGUGAAGCCGUGCGGCUACGAGGGGGUGCGCUUCCUCUUCCUCGCCAUCAACAGCAACGAGCAGUUCAUCGUGGCCGACUACGGCAAGAAGUGCAUCCUGAUCUUCGACAGAGAUGGCUUCGUCUUGGCCAACUGGGACCAGGUCACCAUGAACCGGGUGGGCCAGGCGUUCUAUCCCUGCAGCAUCUGCACGGACAAAGACGACAAUAUUCUGGUCACCGAGCGGAACCGGAUCCUCUUGUUGUGGUCCAGCGGGGACUUCAGGGAGGAGCUGCUGACCGCCACUGACAGCCUUCACAAACCACGCGUCAUCACCGUCGACAAUCGCAACAACCUGGUCCUCACCCAAGGCAACGGAUUCAUCACCGUGUACCAGCUGGACCUCUCUUAG